AUGGCUUCGUCGGAGGGGUUAACGAGCGUUGAGCCAUGGUCAUUCCGUCAAAGCUUCAACAUCGACUCAUGGUUACUUCCUGAUCCUUUCUCUCACGAUACUGAUUUACUCGCUAAAGCUCUUCACAGAUCUAUCUCCUCCACUUGUACAACAACCACUGAUCCUCUUUCUCCUUCUGCUUUCUUCGAUUCCGCCGCCGUCUUCUCCGAUCUUUCUCCUCCUCAAACUCUCUCUAAUGUCUCAUUCGGAUCAGAUCCGGAGAUCGCCGCCGCUUGUGGUGUUGGCAUGAAGCGGAAGCGUAACGGUACCGGAGGUAAACCAGCGAAACGCCGAUCUAGAGUUUCUACGAAGAAAUCUCAGACUACGUUUAUAACGGCGGAUGCGGCUAAUUUCCGGCAGAUGGUUCAGCAAGUCACCGGAGCUAAGUUUAUCGGUUCUUCUCACGGCAUUUUCUCUCCGAUUGUGAAGCCGGAGCCUCAUAGGCUCGCUAGUCGGAUACCUCCGAGUGGGACCAUGGAUCGACUUCCGACGCUAGAUACGUCGUCGUUUUUAUCGAAUCAUCGCCAGGAGAAUCUCGUAACGGAUUUGGGAUCUGUUUCAGUUCCGGUGAGUUCGUUUCAUCAGUCAAGCGCCGCGGCGAAGACGACGGUGGAUGUUGGUGGUGGAUCAGCCGUGGAAUUGGAUAGUUACCCGAGCUUCCCGACGCUUGAAUCGUGGAAAGUUAUGUGA